AUGUCACAAACUCGCUCUCCUGCGGCGUACCGGGAUUAUAUCCCUCCUGCUGACGUCCCAAGAAGCAUACAGCUGGCAAAUUCCGACACCUAUGAAUGGGCAGGUCAUCGAUGCUCUGAACCUUUCAUGAUCGGGUGGAUGAAGGCAUGGAAGGAACUUUACGACCAGCCCUACAAAGGAAUCACAACCGACGGCAAUGUGACCCCCAACCUCUUUCGCCUGGCAGACAAGAAUGAAGACUUCGGAGCCCCAGUGCAUGCCGUCAAGGCAGCCCAGGAUGCUAUUGAUGUCGCGACAGUAGAGGAAAAAGAGAAGCUGCUCAGACCGGUUGAUGCACCUGAAUGGCGCUUCUGGCUUAACCCAGAGAUUUACACAUUCAGGCAUGGCAUCCGGCUGGAGGAAGCUUCCAAAGGCCUAGUCACUGCUCUACACGACCUGAUGAAAGCAAGUCUAUCCUCCGAGGGUUACGAGAAGGCCCAUGGGUGUAUGAAGGUCAAUCAAUUCCUUGGCGAGGUGGUGAAUGGCACCAAAGUCCUGAACGAGAACUCAUACAACUUUGUCAUCUUCGGAACACCCGCUCGGGAAGAGCCGUGGGGUUGGCAGAUAUUCGGCCACCAUCUUUGCAUGAAUUGCUUUAUGGUCGGAACCCAGAUGGUGGUAUCUCCUGUUUUCAUGGGUGCCGAGCCGAAUAUCAUUGACGAAGGCCCCCAUGAAGGCAUCGAGCUUUUCGUUGAUCAAGAACAGACUGCGCUCCACCUCAUGCAAUCGUUCGAUACUGUGGUGCAGAAGGAUGUGCAGAUUUAUAAGAAGCUUAGUGGACCUGAGUAUCCGCCUGGAAGAUGGCACCGGGCUGAUCAGCGACAUCUUGGAGGUGCUUUCCAAGAUAACCGUGUGAUUCCAUACGAAGGCGUCAAGGUAUCGACAUUCUCUGACUCCCAGCAAGAUGCGGUCCGCAGGUUGGUCAAACUAAGCCUUAACUAUCUUCCGGAGAAAGCACUAGCUGCUCACCUUCAGGAGAUUGCUAGUCACUGGGAAGACACAUGGUUCUGCUGGAUUGGUGGGUUCGGUGACAGAGAUGCCUUUUAUUAUAAGGUGCAGUCCCCCGUCAUUAUGGUUGAGUUUGACCAUCACUCGGGCGUUUUUCUAAAUAACAAGGACCCUCUCCCCUUUCAUAUCCAUACGCUGGUCAGAACUCCUAAUGGCAAUGAUUAUGGGAAACAACUUUUGAGACAGUAUCAGGAGCGGAAUGAAAUAGUGUAA